GAAGAUAAGCAUGUUUGAACUUUCAGCACGUGCGCAAGAAUUUGUAGAACGUACCCAAGCCUUUAUUAAAAAUGAAAUUGAACCUGUAGAAGCUGAUUUUUGGAAUGAAGUCCAUCAUUUGAAUCAAGGCGGUGAUUGGACAAAAUGGCAAUGGCCAGCACAACUUGAACUCCUGAAAAAUAAAGCAAAAGCUGCUGGACUUUGGAACAUGUUUUUACCAGACCCAGUAUUGGGUGCAGGUUUAUCUGUACAGGAAUAUGCCCAUAUCGCAGAACUGUCAGGCCGUAGUUUAAUCGCACCCACAGUAUUUAAUUGUAAUGCUCCAGAUAGUGGCAAUAUGGAAGUGCUAUGGCGUUAUGGUUCAGAUCAACAAAAACAACAAUGGCUUAAGCCGUUAUUAGAAGGAAAAAUCCGUUCAGUAUUCUGUAUGACUGAACCAGCAGUUGCUUCAUCGGACGCAACCAACAUGCAGGCAACUGCAGUGGUAGAUGGUGAUGAAAUUGUAUUGAAUGGUCGUAAAUGGUGGUCUUCAGGUUUGGGAGAUCCAAAUGCGAAAAUUAUUAUCUUUAUGGCGCAUACGCCUGAUGAAAGCAAAGAUCGUCAUCAUCAACAUUCCAUGGUUUUAGUGCCUGUAGAUACUCAAGGCGUGACCAUUGAACGUAUGUUACCCGUGUUUGGUGAUUAUGAUGCGCCACAUGGUCACGGCGAAAUUAGUUUUAAUCAAGUUCGUGUACCUGUAAGUAAUUUUAUUGGUGGUUCUGGACAAGGGUUUGAAAUUGCACAAGGGCGUCUAGGUCCGGGUCGUAUUCAUCAUUGUAUGCGAUGCAUUGGUGCUGCUGAAAAAGCAUUAGAAUUAAUGAUUGAUCGAGGAAUGAGUCGAACUGCUUUUGGUAAAGAAGUGCUUAAAUUAGGUGGAAAUUUAGAACGUGUGGCAGAUGCUCGUGUUGCGAUUGAUCAAGCACGACUGUUAACCCUGUAUGCGGCGUAUAAAAUGGAUACUCAAGGGACUAUGGCUGCGCUUACCGAGAUUUCAGCCAUUAAAGUUGUUGCACCUUCAGUUCUUGAAAAAGUAGUUGAUAUGGCCAUUCAAAUUCAUGGUGGCAUGGGCGUAUCACGAGAUACACCUUUAACAGCAUUCUUUGCUCAAGCCCGCAGUUUACGUUUAGCGGAUGGCCCAGAUGAAGUGCAUAAAGGGAUGAUUGCAAAAUUAGAAUUAAAAAAACGAGAGAUGUAUGGUUUAAAACAUAAGAUUCAGGGAAAUAAUAUGUCAGUCAUUGAUAUUGGUGGAAGUAUACGUGAAGGCGAGGAGCUGGACAUUCGUGCUGUCGGAAAUUGGCUCAUUGAAAAUGGAUCUGAAAUUUCAGGCAAUGUAGAAGUGACUCAAUAUUCUGGCGGAGCUUCAAACUGGACCUAUCGUUUAAAAUAUGACAAUGCUGAUUUAAUUUUACGUCGUCCACCCAAAGGGACAAAGGCGAAAUCUGCACAUGAUAUGGCGCGUGAAUAUCAUGUACAAAAAUGGCUUGCACCAUACUACCCAGUUCUUCCUGAAAUGGUCGCGCUGUGUCAGGAUGAAUCCGUAAUUGGUUGUGACUUCUAUGUGAUGAAACGCAUUGAAGGUAUUAUUCCGCGUGCCAAACUGCCCCCUGAGCUGAAUUUUACUCAACAGCAAGUGCAUGAAUUAUGUAUUAAUGUCUUAGACAAGCUGAUUGAAUUACAUCAAGUUCCAUAUCAAGGCACCGAACUCGAAAAACUUGGAAAAGGUGAUGGGUAUUGCCGUCGUCAAGUUGAAGGUUGGGAUGCACGUUAUGAAAAGGCGCACACCAUCAAUGUGCCGAGUUUUAAAUUUGUACGUAAAUGGCUUAAUGAAAAUAUUCCUGCUGACUCAAACACGUGUUUGAUUCACAAUGAUUGGCGUUUUGAUAAUGUCAUUCUUGACCCUAAAAACCCAACCCAAGUGAUUGGUGUAUUGGAUUGGGAAAUGGCAACCAUUGGUGAUCCUCUUAUGGAUUUAGGUUCUGCUUUGGCCUAUUGGGUGGAAGAUACAGACAACCAAAUUUUUAAAUCAACCCGUCGCCAGCCUACACAUUUAAAAGGGAUGCUUACCCGUAAAGAAGUGGUUGAAUAUUAUUUAGAAAAAACCGGAUUAAAACCCGAUAAUUGGGCAUUCUACGAAGUAUUUGGUAUUUUCCGUUUAGCUGUAAUCGCACAGCAAAUUUAUUAUCGUUACUAUCAUAAACAAACAGAUAAUCCUGCUUUUAAAGAUUUUUGGAUUGUGAUUCAUGCCUUACAUAUUCGUGCAUUAAAACUUAUCGGUUUACAAAAAAUUGAAGCCAAUGAAGUUGCACAGAAAUAUCUUGAAAAAUUUAAGGAAAUUUUAGGAAAA